AUGCCGUUCGGAAACGAUCCUCCCGAUUAUGUGCACUUGAGAAGCAACGAGAGUCAAAUGCAACUGAUUACGAUAAGCGAGAACGGGGACACGCCGACGCCGAGGUACUUUUUUCCCGGAAUUUCCAUUUUCUCGCCGCUCAAUCUCCUCGCCGACGGCCGGCGGGCAGCGAGCACGUGUAGGCCGUCGGCGGCGAGCGCAAAAGUGUGGAGAGAUGGCCGAGCGGUCCAAGGCGCUGGUUUAAGGCACCAGUCCCUUCGGGGGCGUGGGUUCGAAUCCCACUCUCUUCAAAACCUCUUUUUGACCUUUUUGGACACCCGCACUACUGUCAUUUCAGUCUUCUGAAUUUGAUAAUCAAACCGCUGUCUCGUUGCUAUUAUCCGUCAACAUUUCUGUAUUGUCCAGAGCAGCCGGAUCCAAAUUGAAACCGAAAUGUUUUGUUCGUUCACAAUUCUCAUAAGCGGAUUAUAUUAUUAUGCCCUUGUCCGACUCGUCCGUCGUAAAAACUCCCCCAAAAAAAAAAUAAACGGUGACCGACAAUAUCGAUUCGUCGAUUUUUCCAGCGGAUCUCCGUGCUUCAACGCUUCGCCACGCGACGAAGGUGCUCCGGCGGUCAUGUUUAUGCCCGGAAAGGUUGGUUUUCAGCUUUUUAGGACCUGCGCGUGUGUGUGUCUGUCUUAGACUCUCCGAGUCCCAACUUCUCAUCACAAAGCGCGCAGUUAAAGUUGUGGCGGCCGUGGCCGAGAAAAUUCCCCGAGUUUUCUAGGCCACGGCCGCCACAACAAACAUUUAGCCCCCAGCCCCCAUGAAAAACGUGCAGAAAUUUCAGGGAACGUUCCGAUGGUGGAAGUCUCGGACGACAAUGGAGAAGCUUUUGAUUCCGGUGCUUCUCUUCCUCACCCUCCUCACAAUCGUCCUGUUGUCGGUGAUCAUCAACACGGACAAGCGGAUAGAGGCCGCCGCGCAAACACACACCGAAAAAUCGACGCAAACCGAGCGAAUCGAGGUGGCGAUGGUGCCGCCGAUCAUUCCGGACGGUCCCGAGCGGUUGACGACCGACGCGCCGAAGGAACCGGAAGUUUGCACCACGCCCGGAUGCGUCAGAGCCGCCACACACUUUGUGAGCAUCCUCUCUAAAACUUCUUGGAGCUACAGUAACCUUGGGCGUGGGCGUAGAAGAAAUCGAUCAAUUGCAAAGUUGUAGUACGCGUCGAGUACUCUAUUUUUGCAAUUGACACUUUUUUGCUACGCCCACGCGUUCGCCUACUGUAGCUCUCUAAAGUUUUUGUUCGACUUGCCAACUUUGAAGAGCUACAGUAUCCCAGAGAGCGGGCGUAGAUCAAAAUGGCCAACAACAAAAAUGUUCCGCUAGACAUGGCCUUUUCAUUGAAAACAAUUUCAAGGCCAUCCGACUCGUAUAAAUUGCUAUAAUUCCAGCUAAACGCGAUGAACACCUCUGUCGAUCCGUGCGAAGACUUUUUCGAGUUUGCCUGUGGAUUAUGGAACGAUCAGCACCCGAUUCCGGACGACAUGUUCGGCUACGGUACUUUUGCGUACGCCCGCGAGCAAGUCCGUCAGCAGCUGAGAGUGCUCCUCGAGCUCGAAAUCACUUCCGAGUCCGAUUCGAUCAAUAUGGCGCGGAGCACGUACCGAAGUUGCAUGAAUAAGACGCAGUUGGACGAGCUGAAGACCGGGUAAGUGGAGUUUUCGAAAGUAUUAUUGUACUAAAGUCGAGUUUGGCAAAGAAACGGACAAUAUUGAAUGGAUUUAGACCCUUGUUCAAGACGCUUACGGAACUCGGCGAAUGGCCGCUUCUCGAGGAUUCGUGGGACAAGCAAAAGUUCAAUUUUACCAGUAAGAGUGUCCGAAACGUUCCUCUAGGCGCCUUUUCCACAUUUCCAGACCUCCUCGUCAAUUCCCGCCGUGACUACGGCGUCGACGUUUUCUUCCAGCUCUACAUUUACGCGGAUUCCAAGAAUACGUCGAGAAAUACGUUAUUUGUGAGUUUACAGUCGGUUUUGAACUUUAUAAUAACUCUGACACGGCGUGUUUCUUCUCAACUCUACUAUUGUCUAGAAAGCUUGUAGCAGAGUUGAGCGGAAGAAUUUUUUUAUCUUUUUUAGAAAAUUUUUUCAUGAAAUGCGAUCAACUGACAAAAUGUAUAGCAAAAUGAACUGUGCUCAUAGAAAAAUAAUUGUAAAUUUAGCGUUUCAUACAAAAAAGUUAUUCGAAUUGUUGCGUGAAAAUGUCCUUCCGUCUUCCCCGUUAGCCCUAACUUUUUUGUAUGAAAAGCUAAAUUUACAAUUAUUUUUCUAUGAGCACAGUUCACUUUGCUUUACAUUUCGUCAGUUGAUCACAUUUCAUGAAAAAAUUUUCUAAAAAAGAUAAAAAUUCUUCCGUGUUCUUCCGCUCAACUUUGGCAACGAAAAUGCUCAGAAUGCUCAGCAAUGCGAACAUUUUCAGAUCGAUCAAUCGAACCUGGCGCUGGGACGUGGCACUCGUGACUAUUACCUCAAUGCCACGUUGUUCGCGAGCCACAUGACUUCGUAUAGAAAAUAUUUGAGAAAUGUGAGUGAAAUAAUGCGUGCCGGGUUUGUAUAGAGUGAGAACAUUUUCAGAUUGCCCAAAUGCUGAAAGCCGAUGGAAACCUGACAAGAAGUGAGAAGGAUAUGAAUGCGGACAUUGAGAAGAUUAUCGAUUUUGAAAUCGAACUGGCGAAGGUAUGCAUUUUGAGCAUUAUUUUGACGAUUUUGCAGCUGACACUUUUUUACCGCUACAGUAGCCUUGAGAGUGGGCGUAGAAAAAAGAUGUCAACUACAAAAAUAUAGUAAAUUACAAGAACUACAACUUUCCUGUUGAUCACAUUUUUCUACGCGCACGCACCGGGUUACUGUAGCGCUUUGAAGUUCAACCGGCAUCAACUUUUUGCAGUCCGAACUUUGGCGAGCUACAGUAGCUCAACGCGUGGGCGUACAAAAAAGUGAUCAACUACAAAAACAGUCUACUAGACGUCAAGAUUCGUCUGAAACAUUUUUUAGAAUUAUAGCGCCUCUCAGAACGCGACAAUAUCGCUUUCAGAUAAUCGUUGCGGAGGACGAGCGUCGAAACAACACUCGACUCUACAAUAAGCGUGUGAUCCGUGAAUUGUACGCCCUUCUGCCGCAGGUCGAAUGGGUCCAGUUUUUCCGUGCCAUCGCGCCCGACGAUCUCACCCAUUUGUUCCACAACGACACUGAAAUUAUCAUUUGUGAAAUCGAUUAUCUCCGUCAAGUUUCCGAGUUAAUCGCCGCCACUGAUGUGGGGCUUUUGACGAAUUAUGUGCUUUGGCGCGUCGUUCAGUCGAACGUUAGGUACCUCGACGAGCGGUUCGAUGAUAUCAAACAGGUUGGCCGUCUUUGAAAAAUGCAAAAAAAAAAAAAAAAUUGGUUGAGAAAAAAAUUGAAAAAAUUUUUUUUUGAAAAAUGCUAUGAUUUUUGAAAGUUCGAGUAGGUGUAUCCCAGCGAAAACUGAUCGGAUUGGGAGCCACACUUGGACCCGUUGUCUAUGGUCCCAAACGCGGUUUCAAAACGUCCACAAGGUUUCUUUGCAGCGUCAACAUUCCGUUCAAAAACACAGUUUCAGAAGGUCGCCAAUUGUUUUAGGAAUGCGCUCUACUACCACUUUUUCUGCACAUUUCAAGUCAAAAACUAAUAAAAUGGGUUGGCAAGCCAAAGUCGCUUCAAUUCGUAGGCAAACGCGCUCCACUGCACUCCCUCAAGCACAGUGCAUUUUUCGAUAAAAAUCUCUUAAAAUGAAUGACUCUGAAAUGACCAUUUUGACCCGUUUUCGACUUGAAAAGUGCGCGGUCCGUACACCUGAGGACCCAUGAAAAUUGUGUACGGAAAACGUGGAAGACAUGAAAUUUGCGUUUUGCUUGACGACCUUCUAAAACUGUAUUUUUGAAAGGAAUAUGGACGCUACAAAGUAACAACUGAAAUGGCCGUUCACAACACUUGUGGACGUUUUGAAGCCGCGUUUGGACCAUAGACAACGGGUCCAAGUCUGGUCCCAAUCCGAUCGGUUUUCGCUGGGAUACACCUACUCGAACUUUCAAAAAUCAUAACGUUUUUCAAAAAAAUCCUGCACACCGCCGUUUGGGCUUAAAAUGAAGAGAAUCGUGUGGAGAAUGCAAAUAAAUUUUGCAGGAUUUCCUGAAAGUGAUGACGGGGCAGCAACAGGCGGCGCCGCGGUGGAAAGACUGCGCCCAAGUGCCGUCUACCGUACUUCCGCUGGCCGCUGGCGCAAUUUACGUGCAGGCGCACUUCCAGGAGAGCGACAAGGACGAGGCACUGCGGAUGAUCGUCCAUUUGAGGGAUUCGUUCGCCGAUUUGGUCGCCAACAACGAUUGGAUGGACCGGGAAACGAAACAAGUCGCGAUCGAGAAGGCGAAUUCGAUGAUCAACAAUAUCGGAUAUCCGGACGUCACCAAUGACCUCAAAAAACUGGAUCAACAGUAUUUGGGGGUUAGUCUUUUUGCUUCCUGGCUGGCACCACUGAAACAUUUUCAACUUUCCCAAAAACCAUCAACUUGAAACCGAAAAAAUUUUGGUGUUUUUUUUUCUCAAAUUUCCGAAUUUUCAGCUGCAAAUCGACGAUUCGGACACGUAUUACGAGACGAUGAAAAAGAGUGUGGUGUGGAUGCAGAACCGCGAAUUCCAAAAGCUGACAAAACCGUUCGACAAACAAGAAUUCGACAUUUCGCCCGCCGUCGUCAACGCUUUCUAUUCGCCCGAGAAAAAUGCGAUUAGUACGUUUGCAACGUGUAUUUUGAACAUUAUAUUGGCCAAAAAUCCGCUAAUUUCACGUUAAAAACUCAUUUUUUUCGCCAAAAAGCCAAAAAUGCCGCUCAUUUCACGUAAAACCUCAAAUUUGUCGCCAAAAUGCCAAAAAUGCCGCUCAUUUCACGUAAAAAACUCAUUUUUUUUCGCCAAAAUGCAAAAAAUCUGCUUAUUUUACGUAAAAAAAACUCAAUUUUUUCGCCUAAAUUCCAAAAAUCUGCUAAUUUGACGUAAAAAACUCGAUUUUUCGCCAAAAUGCCAAAAAUCUGCUAAUUUCACGUAAAAAAAACUCAAUUUUUUCGCCAAAAUGCCAAAAAUCUGCACAUUUCACGAAAAAAAACUCGAUUUUUUCGGCAAAAGGCCAAAAAUGCCGCUCAUUUUACGUAAAAAACUCGAUUUUUUCGCCAAAAUGCCAAAAAUGCCGCUCAUUUCACGUAAAAUCUCAAUUUUUUCGCCAAAAUGCCAAAAAUCUGCUCAUUUCACUUUUAAAAAAACUCAAUUUUUUCGCAAAAAGUGCGGUAGAGCGCACUUCCUCCACACUAUCGAUUUUUUCGAUUAUUUACCGCAUUUUUUCAGCGUUCCCGGCCGGAAUUCUGCAGCCUCCGUUCUUCUCGGGAACGUUCCCGAAAGCGGUGAACUACGGAGCGAUUGGCGCGGUGAUCGGGCACGAAAUCACGCACGGAUUCGACGAUCAGGGCUCGCAGUACGACAAGGACGGAAAUCUGCACAACUGGUGGAGCGAGAGCAGUCUCAACGCGUUCGACACUCGCAGACGGUGCAUCGUCGACCAGUACGCCAACUACACGGUCCCCAAGACCACGUUCCGGGUACGAUGGACCUGUUGAAUUCACAAUUUUCAACAAAAAAUUGCAGGUGAACGGAAAACUGACGCAAGGGGAGAACAUUGCGGACAACGGAGGCGUGAAAGAGGCGUUCAGCGCCUACAAAAAGUACAUUCACGAGAAUGGCGACGAGCCGCGACUGCCCGGAUUGCAGCAGUACACCAACGAGCAGAUUUUUUUCGUCAGCUACGCUCAUGUGGGUUUUUCAUUGCCCCCUAUUGUUGGUAUCGAAAAGUGGUCAACUGGAAAGAUGUUGCAAAUUUUGUGCUCUACAACUUUCUAGUUGAUCGUGUCACUCCAAAACGCUUUGUUUUUAAGUUAUGAUAUAUGUUAUACCUCAUCUACGGUGAAAAAUUGAGAUAACUGAUGAAGUUUUGCAGUUUUGGUGCGGCAAGAAGAAGGAGGCGGCGGCAAUGCAACAAGUGCUCACGGACGAGCACUCGCCCGAAGUUUUUCGUGUCAUCGGCGUACUUUCGAACAUGCAGGCGUUCGCGGACGUCUACAAAUGCCCCAAAAACUCUCCAGUCAACCCCGAUCACAAGUGUAUCGUUUGGUAA